ACGUUGCAGGGAAUACGCUGCGCUAAUUGGCUGUAGUAAUUAUCUAAAUGCAACGAGAGACGAAAACAUACGAAAGUUAUAGUGAAAUGUGCUGCAAGUGAGACAGAAAAGACGAAGCUUGAGCAAGUGACAAUUUGACAAACAGUUCAAGAUGCUGGAAGUGGAUAAAAUGCUGGCAAAGUGCGGCGACUGCAGUCGGUUGCAGCUGCUAAUGCUGUUGCUAUUCUGCAUUAUCAAUAUGCUUUCUUCUAUGCAUUACUAUUCGCAAACGAUAAUCAGUUUUGUGCCAAAGUAUUGGUGCGCUGAUGAUCUAACGCCAACGCCAGCUGCAUCCAGUUGCCAGCCAGCGGAUAUAAGCUGGGCAAAUAGAACGUGUCACAACUACAACUAUGAGCUGUAUAUGGGCUACAAGAGCUUCACCAGCGAGUUGAACUGGAUAUGCGACAAGGCGUGGCAGCUAACGCUGGGCCAGUCCAUGUUCUUUGUGGGCUCCGUGUUGGGCACGCUGCUCUUGGGCUAUCUAGCCGACAUAGUUGGACGUUUGCCCAUAUUGAUUGUAGCGAAUCUGAUUGCGAUGCUGGGCAACCUGCUGACCAUCUGGGGCACUAACUUGACGCUCUUCUGCGUUUUUCGGCUCAUAUCGGGCUUCGCUACAGACAGCAACUUUUUGAUGAUGUAUAUACUAGUUAUGGAAUACAUGCGUCCAUCUUUGCGCACUGUUGGGCUAAGCAUUUGCAUAGGCAUUUUCUAUUGCUUGGGCUCCAUGGGCGCGCCUUGGAUUGCCGUGCUCAUGGGCAACUGGCGCGGUUUUCUGCUGGCUACUUCGCUGCCCUUUGCUUGUGUGCCACUCUUCUACUUUGUGGUGCCGGAAAGCGUGCAGUGGCUCAUCUCCAAGCAGAAGUAUGAACAAGCUGUGCUCUGUCUGAAGCGUGUGGCCCAGCUGAAUGGCCGCCAAGUGGCUGAGAGCGACUAUGAGCAGUUCAUUGAAGAGUGCAAGUUCAAUCAGCAGCGCACAAAGAGCGCGCCCAAUCUCAUAGACCUCUUCAAAACGCCGCGUCUACGCCGCCAUACGCUUAUACUGUUCUUUAAAUCGAUGGUCAUUACACUCUGCUACGACGCUGUCUCUCGCAAUGUGCAGGGCCUUGGCAUUUCGCCAUUUGCGAUGUUCUCGCUGAGCGCUGCCACCAUUCUACCCGCCUGCCUGCUGCUCAUUGCUCUGCAAGAUCGCAUUGGGCGCAAGGCAAUGGCUUCCAUGUCGUUGCUGCUCAGCGGCAUUUUUAUAUCAGUUACGGGUUUUGUGCUCUAUACCACGACAGGCGCCAAUAGUCAUACCACUGGAUUGCUGGUGACACUUUCAGUGAUUGGACGCUUUGGUGUCACUGUGGCCUACAAUUCGGGCGCACAAUAUGCCACUGAGCUGAUACCUACAUGUGUUCGCGGCCAGGGCGUGGCCGCUGUCCAUGUGAUGGGCUAUGCUUUCACCUUCUUCAGCGCCUUUAUUCUGUACACGCGCACAUUUUUUGCACCCAUGCCAGAAAUCAUAUUGGGGCUAAUCUCGUUGCUGGGCGCUUGUCUGUGCCUGCUGCUGCCGGAAACACUGCAUCGCGUGCUGCCCAGCUCAUUGGAGGAGGGCGAGAGCUUUGGCAAGAACGAAAACUGGUACACGUUUAGCUUUAUGGAGAAACGCACGCAGUCUGUGACAACGCUGGCCUCAAAUAAUAUGAAAUCGCUAUCAAAUUCCACAGAGUCCAGUGUUUACUUUUAGGUGUAUUGUAAGCUUUUAUUUUAUAGGUUUAUCGAAGGCAUCAACUAAGCUAAGCAAACUUUGUUCAGACUACUACUUUUACUUGGGCCAUGUGCACUCAUAAAGAUAAAAACAAAUUAAGCAGCA